AUGCCGUCGACCUCUUCGUUUAUCCCAUUGAUAGGCUGGUUCUAUACCUUCAUGAUCGGGUUAAUCUCUACAGCUACACUCGGCUCUUCGAUGGUCAUCUACGUACAGAAAAAGGGCUUAAGCGGAAACUCCCCUUCAAAAUGGUGGGCCAAGUGGUCAAGGCGGAUUGGCAAGCUGCUCUGGGUCGAGAUGCCCCUCGUCAUGAAAGAGGCUUAUGCUAGAAAGGCGGCCGAGGAUCGUCAGAAAAACGGAUAUGGUCCUCGGAAGCAGAGCGUUUGGCAGAAGAUCAUGACUAGAGCCUCUUCCUCUUCAAAACUCGCGGUGAACAAUCGGAAUAGUCCUUCCGGUUCGAUAGCGGAGAGCUUAUUGCAGGAUAAUAAGGAUUCGAAGAGUUUAAUGGAUUUGAGCACCGUCAGUUGUCCGGACUACAAUAAUUACGCCAUGGAUAGUCCGAGAAGAAGAAUUCUCGAUCCGUUGAGACGACCUGCGCCAACUCUCAAAGUUCCUAGAGAAGAUGAGAACGAGACAAUGAUGAUACCACCACUACCUUUGGAAGGACUAGUCAGCUCUCGCUCCAUCGAAACCCGAAACAUCGGUCAAUUGGAAUACGACUACUUGGCGGCCGUUGUCGAGCGGCCAACUACCACAAUUGUUGAAAGUUUUGAGGCGAUAUCAGUUGGCAAGACACUACCCAAGAUAGGCCCUCCAAAAAGUAGAGACGAAGCCCUUGCUCUAUGUAAAAUUGGUGAAGAUGUGGUGAUGGAUGAUUUGCCGAAGAAUAUGAAGGAAGAUCUUUGCUCCCAUCUUAAUCUACCCUCAUAUGGGACUAGUUUACGUAAUUGGGAAACUGUUGCCGCAAAGUUGGGAGGGAAUUUGGAUUUUAUAAUGGGCCUUCGCGCGCUCAAAGAUCCGACUUUGGAGCUGAUCACACGCUACAGAAACUUUAAAGCUGUCCAGGCACUACACGAACUGACGAACAACGAAUAUACCAACAACGGCUCAAGGAAUCGACGGUUUCGCCCUUUGAUCAUGGAGGAAAUGGACCUCAAAUCCUUGCCGAUCGGUUGGAUAACCGCUACCACCCAUUUCCGCUAUGAUCAUCCGUGUAAGGAUAUUGAGAUCUGGCUAGUAAUCUCCGCGCAACAACCAGGCGUUACCAAAGAAUUUAUGCUAGAUUUGAAAGAGCUGCUGGAAGAUUUGGAUGCAGUACAUAUUAAGGUUACACCAGUUAUCACAUUUUCUAAAAAUCGCAAACCUGUCCUUGCCAUGAAAGCGCUGGAUGUAUUGGGCUUCAAUACCCAGCUCGAAAAUCUCGACUAUUUCAUGGUGAAUAACGAAUCUGUAGUUCCGCUUGGCAUUUUGCCCCAAACAAAUGCUCUACCGAUCAAGGAAUCGCUGCGGAAUUUGAGGGCCUUGCUGAUUAACGCGACUGAGCCAAUUGUGCAUAUUUUGGGAACUGUUGAGCUUACAGCAGUAGAGGAGAAGGAAAACGAGAAAAGCGUUGACAAGGAGGUCAACAAUAAUGGAGAUGCGAAAAAUCAUAAUUUGCCGCAACAACUCCAGCUCGGCCUGAAGACCCAAACUGUCGAAGAUCAUAUCUACGCAACGCCAAAGAAAGCCAGAAGCCCCACAAAUGUCACCAGAUACCCAGUGAAGCCAUCUGCUCUUGGAAAGCUGCCAAAAUCGAAGAGCUCUUCCCAAAUUAACCUGAUUUCAAUUAGUCCCUACGAGACUGUCGUG